AUGGAUCGUGACGUUGCUGACCAGCAUCUCAGUGUCAUAAGAAACCCAUCUGAGUGGGAAAUAGGUGUCUAUAUUACUGGUGCUCUUGCUCUCCUGGGAAUAGCUGGAGUAAACCUAUGGAAGUUAUGGAAAUCGGGUGGCUAUCCUGCACCUUCUCCAUUUCCAAACUAUGACUACAGAUACCUAGAACAAAAGUAUGGGUCCACAUAUGCUCAAAUCAAACAAAAGAGGACAAGCAACUUCCGAAAGACAGGAGAAAGAAUAUCUCCUGUCUGCAAGCAAAGCUUGAAAAUGGAUGAUGCCUUUGAAAAUAUUAAUGAGUUGGGGACCUUGGAGCUGAUGAACAAAGACCUGGAGCUGACUCCUUAUGGGCCAUUGAGAAAAUCAAUCUCCACUGACUCUCUAACUUCUGUCUCCUCCAUUGGAAAUAACUUUGGCCAGGAAUUCACAGUGGGACAAAUCGAAGUUAACAUGGAAUACAAUGUAAAUUCAAAUACCCUGUAUGUCACCUUGCUGCAGGGAAAAGAUCUGAUGGAGAAGGAAGAUGUUAAUUUUGAAUCCUGUUUUGUGCGCAUCAGUUUACUUCCAGAUGAGCAGAUUGUUGGCAUUUCUAGGAUCCAAAGAAGUGCUUACUCGGUCUUCUUUGAUGAGAAGUUUUCCAUUCCCUUGGAUCCUUCCACGUUGGAGGAAAACAGCUUGAGAUUCUCUGUUUUUGGCAUUGAUGAGGAUGAGAGAAACAUCAGCACUGGUGUGGCUGAGCUGAAGUUAUCCGACUUGGGUAUUUUUGUCCGGCCUUUCAACGCCUGGCUUUAUCUGCAGGACAUGAAUAAGGCAACUGAUUCGGUGGGUGAAAUCCUGCUGUGUCUUAGCUAUUUACCCACAGCAGAGCGAUUGACUGUAGUUGUGGUUAAAGCCAAGAAUCUUGUGUGGACUAAUGGAAAAAUGACUGCAGAUCCUUUUGUCAAAGUGUACUUGCUGCAAGAUGGGAGGAAGAUCAGCAAGAAAAAAACCGCAGUAAAGCGAGAUGACACAAAUCCAGUGUUUAAUGAGGCCAUGAUUUUUUCAGUGCCAGCAAUUGUCCUGCAGGAACUGUCUCUUCGGGUGACGGUCGCACAGUGCUGUGAAGAUGGAAGAGCUGAAAAUAUUGGUCAUGUUGUCAUAGGACCAGCUGCAGGAGGCAUGGGCAUCACUCACUGGAAUCAAAUGUUGGCUACCUUGAGAAAACCUAUAUCCAUGUGGCACGCACUUCGACAAAGCUAAGGGAUUACCUGCACCUCACCGAAAAUAAUCCAACAUGGUGCUUAAAUAAAUAAAUAACUUCAGUAGGCCGAUGCUGUUGGAACAAUGAAUUUGUGAGACCAUGGGAGGUUUUUUUUUAAUCUAAAUAUUCCUCACAAAUAAUAGCAAGGACAGAUGAUUAUGUGAUGAUGUGUUGCCAAAUGAGACUACCCAAGCCUUGGAAAAGAAUCAUAGCUAAAACAACAAGAGAAGGAGAUAUAUAAAUACAGAUGGAUGCCUAGUAGCUGGUGGACAAAUAAGGUAGUCUUUUGAUUCCGUCAUUCUAACAUCAUCAACUUGGACAGCCAAUUAUUCUUGAAGUUCUUUCAUACUGAGUCUUGCUUUUCCACAUUAUUUUUCUCUAUUGAAGAAGACUUAAAAGGAAAGCUUAUGGUAUUUUAUGCAUUUGACAUCCCCUGUGUUUCGGACAUGUUGACUUGGAAGUCAGAUUCUUGGGAGUGACUGGGUCCUGCUUGAUAUAAAUGUAUAUGGAUCACAAUUUUAUACUUCCUUUCUUCUCACAUUUGUUGGGAAUCAAGUCUUGAUUAUUUCAGAUAAAUUUGGGCAAAAUUACUUCCAACUAAAGUUGCUUAAGUCACAUUUUUGGGCAACCAUUGUCACACGUGUCUUAUCAUGGUUGAGAUUCAAGUACUGUUGUCCUGUUUGCCUGUUUUGGAGAAGAAAACUAAAAGGCUCAUAUUUGAGUAAAUAUUUGACAAAGUGAACUUUUACAAAGAAAUAUGUGCAUCUUUAGAUAUAUGGACCACUGCUUGCUGUAAAAAUUCAACACAUUUGCUUUGAAGAUUCAUGAAUCUUUCUCCUCUCUAAUCUAAUCCUCUAAUCCCCAAAAGCACAGCACCAUCACAGAGAUGACUUCUGCUCAUUCAAUUCCCUCCUGGCCUCUGGCGUGGUCCUGUUUAGUUCCAAUGUCCAAUAGGAACAUUAUCGUCACAGAGGAUGCAAUAUUGUGCUUAUCUACCGUGGUGUAAAUUCACUGGGCCUUAUUUUAUACAUAUGGUAUAGAAUUGAAUAACCAAUGGACUUUUCCUUCCCCUUUUCACCAUUUAUGAGCAAUUGGAGACCAGCCUGUCUAUAAAAUGUGAAUGCUUUAUUUAAUUAUUUUAUGUGUGCUUGAUUUCAAAAAGCAGUUGAGAUCAUGUAGAAGAGGGGAAGUGGAGUGGAUACAGAUGUAUCAUGCAUGACAGAACCAUCCUUAAUAUUGGAAAUUUGACUGGGUGAUUUGUAAUUCAAGGCCACAUCAGUCGUAAGACUUUAAAUAUUUGUAUUUUGAGAAAUAAGGAAUGGCAGUGUGAAAAAUAAAAAUAAAAUUGAGCAAAACAAAAAGAAAUUCUAUGGCAAAAUAUUUCAUGGUUACUGAAAACGUUGUGGAUGAUGUAUUUGC